AUGGGUAAUCAUCAUUCAGUUAAACGUGAAUGUUUACAUGAAGCAAUUCGACGGAAAGAUGUUAGAAAAAUCAAACAAAUUAUUUAUAAUAGUGAUAUAGAUUUUAUUAAAAAUGAUUUUAAAUCUCUUGAACUUGCUACAUUAUAUAAUUUAACUGAAGUGGUUGAACUUCUUCUUCGUCGUGGUUGUGUACCAAGAGAUAAACGAACAGCACGAGCAUUUGAUCUCGCUGUUUGGAAAUGUCACAAAGAUAUAGCAACAAUGUUUUUAAAAGCAGGAAUUGAAUAUAAAGGACGUAAUCAAUUUAAUGAAACUAUAUUAUUUGUUUCGGCAUGUGGAAAUAAUUCUACAUUAACAGAAAUUCUUAUUGAAGGUGGAUGUGAUUUAAAUGAAUGUACACGUAGUUGGACAGCUUUGCAUGUUGCUGCAGCAAGAAAUCAUGAUGAAGUAUUACGAGUACUUGUUAAACAUGGAUGUGAUUUAAAUAUUCGUGAUCGUGAUGGUUUUAAUGCUUUGAUGUUAGCAAUUUUAAAUGAGAAUUUAAAAAAUAUUAAACUUCUUGUACAAUGUGGAUGUUCAAUAAAUAUCGAUGAACUUUAUUCUACACCAUGUUUAGCUAAACAAUUAGCUAAAUAUCCUGAAAUCGAACGAAUACUUUGGAAUGAAUGUACACGUGCUAAAAAUUUAAAAGAAUUAUGUCGUCUUCGUAUACGUUCAUGUUUAGGACAACGUACAUGGAAAAAAACAUCACAAUUAUUAUUACCAACACGAUUAAAAGAUUAUAUUGCAUUAAAACAAUUAUUUACUUCAUGUGAAGAACAACAACAACAACUAACAUUAAUACGAUCUCCACGUACAAAUCUACAAGCAAUUCAAUCAUAA